AUGCCGUCAAGUGAACAAAAAGCCCAAGCCCUCGGCUUCUCCGACUUCUGGGAUGACCGCUACAAAAAAGCUGAGGGCGACAAGCCGACGCACGAGUGGUUCCGCGCCUUUACCGAGCUCGAGCCGUUUUUCAACAAGCAUCUUUUCGAGGGAAGAGGCGAACAGGGGAAAAAGAGCCGGGUAUUACAUCUAGGCAGCGGAGAUAGUAGCGUUCCAUAUGACCUCCUGGAAAGAGGCUACACGAACCAAGUCUGCAUCGACUUCUCGGCUGUCGUCGUGGAUCUCAUGAAAUCACGGUACGCGGACAAGCCGCAAGUAGAAUGGACAUGUGGUGAUGUACGAGACAUGAAUGGGAUUGCUACGGGCUCGAUAGAUGUCGCGUUUGACAAGGGCACCCUGGAUGCCAUGAUCCACGGUAGUCCGUGGAGUCCGCCGGACGAUGUCUUGGACAACAGUGGGCGCUAUCUCAAGGAAGUCGCGAGAGUGCUGAAAGAUGAUGGCAUCUUUCUUUACAUUACGUACCGGCAACCGCACUUUAUCAAGCCCAUCCUCAACAGAGAUAACGAGUGGGAUCUGCAGAUGGAGGUCAUGGGCGGCGGAGACAGUUUCCAGUACUUUGGCUUCAUUCUGAGAAAGCAUGGUGCGUCUGCUGCAUGAAAUGGCACUGGGUUGUCGUG